AUGUCGUGGUCUCUUCUCCGCCCAGCUCUGGCCCACAAUGCCACAUCAUCGGCGCCUCUUGAGAGCCUGUCCCGCCGCUCUCUGUCGCGUGUCUUUGACUCAGCUCCGGCCCUCGGCUGCACUGUGGGCAAUCGUCGACAGUGGCAUAAUACCCUCGGCCGGCAGCAGAGCUCAUCAACAUGCCUGGCUGUGACGGUUGCGAAGGCACCGUCGCUCCAGCUAGUCCGCCAUGCCUCGGUGCUGUCUUCCAUCCCUUCUCCACCCGUUUCUACCGCUGGCGCGACGUAUUCUACCGUGGUUCUGCCUCCCACCACGCCCUAUGCUAAGCUGACUGUCGGCGUGCCUCGCGAGACGUACCCGAACGAGCGGCGUGUGGCUCUGACUCCGCAAAAUGUCGCCUUGCUCCUCAAGAAGGGCUUCUCGCGCGUCAUAGUUGAAAGUGGUGCUGGCGCUGAGGCUGAUUUUCUCGAUGAAGCUUACGAGAAGGCCGGCGCGACCCUUGUUGACGCCGCCUCUGUCUGGAAGGAGGCCGACAUCGUGCUGAAGGUCCGCGGGCCCUCCGAGGCAGAAACAGAGAGCCUGCGUGACGGCCAGACUCUCAUCAGCUUUUUGCAGCCGGCGCAGAACAAGCCGCUCGUGGAGAAGAUCGCAUCACGCAAGGCCACUGCCUUCGCCAUGGAUUUGAUCCCACGUAUCAGUCGAGCUCAAGUAUUUGAUGCUCUGAGCUCCAUGGCGAACAUUGCCGGAUACAAAGCUGUUCUCGAGGCUUCGAACAACUUCGGACGAUUCUUGACUGGACAGGUGACUGCUGCCGGCAAGAUCCCACCUUGCAAGGUGCUAGUCAUCGGCGCUGGUGUGGCUGGUCUGAGUGCCAUUGCCACAGCGAGGAGACUUGGCGCUAUUGUCAGGGGCUUUGAUACCCGAUCUGCGGCUCGAGAGCAGGUGCAGUCCCUUGGUGCCGAGUUCAUCGAGGUCGAUUUGCAUGAAGACGGGUCUGGUGCUGGAGGCUAUGCCAAAGAAAUGUCCAAGGAGUUCAUUGAGGCCGAGAUGAAGCUCUUCACCGAGCAAGCCCGUGAUGUAGACAUCAUCAUCACCACCGCCCUCAUUCCUGGCAAGCCUGCGCCAAAGCUGAUCACCAAGUCUAUGGUUGAAAUCAUGAAACCAGGCUCCGUGAUUGUCGAUAUGGCUGCUGAAGCUGGUGGAAAUUGCGAGAAGACUGUACCUGGCAAACUCAUAUCAUACCAUGAUGUGAAAAUCAUUGGUUAUACCGACCUUCCAUCCAGGCUCCCGACGCAGUCGUCAACACUUUAUUCAAACAACAUUACCAAAUUCUUGCUCUCCAUGGCCCCAGCAGACAAGGAAUUUGGUAUUGAUCUCACAGAUGAGGUCGUCCGUGGAGCCAUCGUCACUAGCAAAGGAGAUAUCCUUCCACCAGCUCCUCGACCAGCUCCACCACCCGCUCCUGCGGCCGCACCUGCAGCUGCCAAAGAGGCCGAGGUCGUGGCCUUGACACCAUUUCAAAAGACUUCCCGGGAAGUCGGAUUUGUCACUGGUGGCAUGGCUACGGCUCUCGCUCUAGGCAAGCUGACUGGACCCGCGUUCAUGGGCAAUGCUUUUACCUUUGGUCUUGCAUCUUUGAUUGGAUAUCGUGUAGUCUGGGGUGUAGCUCCUGCGCUGCACUCACCUCUGAUGAGCGUCACAAAUGCUAUCUCUGGUAUGGUAGGCAUCGGUGGCUUCUUCAUUCUCGGCGGUGGCUACCUGCCCGAGACGAUUCCCCAAGCAUUCGGAGCUGCCUCUGUUCUCCUUGCGUUCGUAAAUGUUGCUGGAGGCUUUGUCAUCACCAAGAGAAUGCUUGAUAUGUUCCGGCGUCCAACUGAUCCCCCUGAGUAUCCGUGGAUGUAUGCGAUUCCCGGAGCUCUGUUUGGUGGAGGCUUUUUGGCCGCCGCUUCGACUGGAGCUGCUGGUCUUGUUCAGGCCGGCUAUCUCGUCAGCUCAGUCCUCUGUAUCAGCUCGCUUUCCGGGUUGGCAACACAGGCUACUGCACGCAUGGGUAAUAUGCUUGGUAUGCUUGGUGUUGGCUCGGGUGUUCUUGCAUCCCUUCUUGCUGUCGGGUUCUCACCUGAAGUACUGACGCAAUUCGGUGCCCUUGCUACCAUUGGAAGCAUUCUUGGUUUCGUGAUUGGCAAACGUAUCACCCCUACUGACCUCCCGCAAACGGUUGCUGCUCUCCACUCCGUCGUUGGUCUGGCUGCAGUCUUGACUAGCAUUGGCAGUGUGAUGGCUGAUCUCUCGCAUGUUUCUACUCUGCACCUCGUCACGGCUUAUCUCGGUGUACUAAUUGGUGGCAUUACUUUCACCGGCUCCAUCGUUGCGUUCCUGAAACUUGCUGGCAGAAUGUCUUCCAAGCCUCUGAUCCUUCCAGGACGACACGUACUGAACUCUAGUCUCAUGGCAACUAAUGCGGCAACAAUGGGCGCCUUCAUUACCAUGGCUCCGGGCUCUCCGAUGAUUGCUGCCGGUGCUCUUGCUGCCAACACCGUCCUUUCUUUCACUCAGGGGUUCACUACAACAGCAGCUAUCGGUGGCGCUGAUAUGCCUGUUGUUAUCACUGUUCUCAACGCAUACAGUGGCUUCGCUUUGGUGGCAGAAGGGUUCAUGCUUGACAACCCUCUCCUCACGACCGUGGGAGCACUCAUUGGAGUCUCCGGUUCUAUCCUCUCAUACAUCAUGUGUGUUGCGAUGAACCGUUCCCUUACAAAUGUCUUGUUCGGCGGCAUAGCUGCACCACAGACAUCCGAUUACAAGAUCGAAGGAUCGGUUACACAGACCAACGUCGAAGAAACAGCAGAAGCCCUCACAAAUGCCGAAUCUGUCAUCAUAGUGGUAGGAUACGGCAUGGCAGUCGCCAAGGCUCAAUAUGCCAUAUCUGACAUCACUCGUAUGUUACGAGCCAAGGGCGCCAAUGUUCGUUUUGCCAUUCAUCCUGUCGCCGGACGCAUGCCUGGCCAAUGCAAUGUUCUUCUAGCUGAAGCUAGCGUGCCUUAUGACAUCGUCUUGGAAAUGGACGAAAUCAAUGAUGAUUUUGGCGACACGGAUCUCACUCUCGUAAUUGGCGCGAACGAUACAGUCAACCCUAUAGCACUGGAGCCGGGAAGUCCCAUUGCAGGAAUGCCAGUGCUGCACGCUUGGAAGAGCAAACAGACAAUUGUGAUGAAGAGGAGUUUGGCUAGCGGAUAUGGUAUGUUGGAUGCCUGA